GAUUGUUGGGUAAUCGAACUUGAAACGGCGGCGUCCAAAGAAUUCAGUUGAUUCAAAAUUUCUAAGACAAGCGGAAUCUUGCGCUGCGCGAGUGGAAAGCCAUUAAGAAGCCAUUAAACCCGGCAUUUGUUUACAUUCCUAUGCGCUUGGCUUGACAUUCUAGUCGCCAUUCGAAAGUCGAAAGUGCCGCGUCGUUUUGAAGGGGAGCAGCACCAUGAAGCCCAUGGGAGAUCACCAAGUGCCCAGCUUCAAGGUGGAGUCCCGGGGCACCUCCAUCACCUACGCCAGUCCGACAUCCGGAGCCGCCUCCCUCGACUUUUUGGCGCACACCCUGCGAGCCAGGAACGCGCACACAUGGAGAACCAUUCUGAUUUGUCAGCAGAAUUGCGAGGCCGAGCGUCUGAAAUUGGAGCUCGCGGAGCGGGACUGCAACACGAUUCUGCUGCCCACGCACGACCCAAUGGCCCGCCAAGUGCUGCUCCUCUGGUCCAAGGGGUACAUUCACCAGGCUCUGAUUCUGUGCGACGACAUGCUCGAGCAUCUGGAGGGCGUCGAGGCGCACCUGGUGGUGCAUACAACGCUGCCGGAGCUCAACAAGUUCGAGGAACGCAUGGAGUGGCUGAGCAGGUCGGCGGUGAAGGCCGAGGUGCUGGUCAUAACUGCGCGCGAGGAGGAGGAGAAUAAGAAAGGCGGCAAGAGGAGGGAGGCCGAGCUGGAAGUCCAACAAAAGCUGCCCCCCAAAGACAUAAAGCCAGUGGUCAAAGUAGAUCCCCUAAAUACCAAGCACAGCCAUGAGACGGAAGAAACUAUGUCUCUAACGUCAGCGGAGUCGGAUGCCUUGCCAAUCGCAGAAAACGGUAAGGAGCAUCAGAUCACAUUAAGCAUGGAAGAUACCUCCUCCAAUUCCCUGGAGAAACUGCAACUCCGCCAAGCUUCCUUUGAGGUGAAAAACACAGAUUUGGCAGUGGACGAAUCCUCUCUAGCAACUGCUAGGCCCAAUGCACCUGGAGACGCACAUCUCAGUGCUGCACAGCCAAGCGAGGCUUCGGAAGCCGAGUUCCAGGAGUGGUUGAAGGCACGGAAACUGCGAUACGCAGCUAAAGACCUGGACUCACCGCCUGCUCCUUCUGUUCCCCUUGAAGAACCACCCUGCCCGGAGCUGCCCGAUACCACCACAUCGGAUGUGCGCGUCGUUGACGACACCGCUUCGCUGGACUCCUUCCAAACGGUGGAGGAUUCUGCUGCCUCUCUGGCAGUGGAACCCUUUUCCGCGGCGGGAACAACUGUCUAUAACUACGGCGUGCUCGCCUGGAGUCGCCACUUGGUUGUGCCGUGCUACGAUUUGGGCGGGGCGCCGGACAUAAGCACCACCAUCGGGCAGGCCAUGCAUCAGUUGGGCGUGGCCAAGUCGCGGGCGCGGGCGGUCCAGAGAUUCGCCUGGCCACAUGUGUCGUCGGGCAAAUCGGUGGUAGUUGUGGGCAACAUGCAGAUAGGGAAGACGUGGUCCUACCUGCCCACUGUGUGCCAGCGCAGCCACAAGGAACUGCAGUGCCGUCCAGCCGAUGGCCAUGGACCCAGCUGCAUCUUUGUGUGUCCCAACCAGUCGCAGGGCAAGCAGAUCGGCCGCUGGAUGAGCACGAUGUUCCGUUCGCUGGGCAGUGAGGUGGCGUUCGAGGAUGUGGUCACGCACUGGGACAAGAGCCAAGUGGCGGACAUCGUUUGCCGGCUCAGUCGGCCCGUUGGCAUCCUGCUGACCAGCGUGGACCUGCUGUUCGAACUGCUGAGCACCCACAACUCGAGGAACGCGCCCAUUUUCGAUGCCCAGGCGGUGAAGUGCAUAGCCUUGGACAACCUGAACGACAUGGUUCGUUUGUUGCCGGACGUCACGACGAAGCUGCUGAAGCGAUUGCCCGAAGUGCUCAAGCUCACCCAAAGCCAAAGCCAAAGCCAAACGAAGUGCAAUCUCUACGUCUCCGGCCGCAUCUGGCACACCGAUCUGAUGGUGCAGCGCAUCCUGCCUCUGAUGCGCGACGACGUCCUCAUUCUGUUCGACGACGCCUUGGAGGCGAGUGUCUAUGGCGGCGUCCAGCUGGACAUAAAGCUCGUGCAGGAAGAGGAGAAGAUCGAGCAUUUGAAGCGGCUAUUCGAGCGCACGCAGCUCGCCGAGCAGCGCGCCGUUGUGGUCUGUUCCAGCGCGGCAGAGGUGCUCCAACUCCGCCGUAGGCUGGACGCGAUGGGGCUGAAUGCUGAGACCUGCGUCUCGGAGGCGUGCUACGCCAAUGUCGCCCAGUGGCGACGCCAGUCCACGGUCGGCCCGCUGCUGGUCACGGACGAUGUGGUGCCGCGACUGCGAUGCGGACAGUUGGCGCUGCUCGUCCACUACAGCUUGGCCAGCAGUUGGAUGCGAUUCAAGCAGCGCUUCAGCCUGUUCUACGAGAGCCUCAAAGCGCCAGCGCUGCACGCGGGCGGCCAGUCCGUGAUCUUCGUCCAGGCCACCGAUGUGGACAGCAUCUGGAUACUCUCCGACUUCCUGCUCAAGCACAAGCUGCCCAGGCCCAUCCAUUUGCUGGCAAUCCUUUCGCAGCGCCGCCUGGCAGAGCCCCAGCAUCCGGGGCGACUCAAGCUGUGCCGCCAACUGACCGCUUUCGGGGAUUGCCUGAGGCACAGCUGCACGUAUCGUCAUGUGAUGUGGCGGCAUGAGGUGCCGCCACCGGCUCACUAUCCCACCGCGGGACCCAUUCGGUUCUCGGUCCUGGCUUGCCACAGCCCCGCCAGCUUGUCGGUGCGCUUGGGCGCCCAGUUCCCCACAGUGGUCCACUUCCUCAACGUGCCGAUGACGCAGCUGGGGCAGCAGGUGCAGCGCCACUACGAAGUGGAGGAGCAUCGGCGCAGGCAUCCCAAUCCCGUGCCCGGCGAGCGGGCGGUGGUCAAGAAUAUCAACCGAUACGAGCGGGCGGACGUUGUGAGUGUGGAAAACAACGGCAAGGUUGUGGUGCAGCUGCUGGACACGUCCACCGAACUGGUUAGCUACAAUGCCAGCCAGCUGUACGCCUGCGAUGCGAUCUUCAAGGAUCAACCCAGAGAGGCGAUGGAGGUGCGGAUCACUGGCCUAGAGCCCCAGAGCCUGGAUCGCCUCUGGCCCGAGGACGUGCGCAAUGUGGUGCGCAAGCAGUUCUUCAAUCGCCGCCAGAACAAGCGGAACCGCCAGUUCUACGCCGUCGUGCAGGCCACCAUCCAGCAGACGAUCUUCGUGCGCGACGUGCACGACGAGGAGGGCAACGACCUGCGCAGCUUCGUCACCAGUCGCUUUCGCGCGCAUCAGGACGAGCGUUGCCUGGACAAACUAGCUGCGAUGGUGCAGGGCUCCAGGGACUUUCCACAAGGCUGCUAGUUUCUUGGUUGCCUGACCUUUUCUAUGGUUAUCUCUCUUUGUCUUCCUUUUAUUUUAUACACUGUUUCAAAGAUGUUUCCCUCUUUUGUCUUCCUGUUUUAUACAUGUUUUAACGAUGUUUUGAUUAUUCGAAUAAUGUUUAUAAGCAAACAUGGCGCUUUCCUCGUUCGACUUCGUAUGCAACGUAAAUGCAGAUCUUUUUUGCUUGCUCGUAAUAUAUAUUUUAAA